AUGGCAGUGCGCCCCUGCUUUUUGUCCAAGCGCCUUCCAUCUCCUUUCCUUCUACCCUGCCCGUCGGUCAUGCCACCACUUGCUUGUUCCUCCCAACUCCCUCGCUUUCUGGCUUCCAGCGGCGUCGUGCCUGCCGUCUUUUGUCGUCUUCUCUCGACUCAGUACAGUACACGCUCACGACCCCUCUUCUGCCGCUGCGACGAGCGACCAUCUCGCAGCCAUGUCCCAGCCGAUGCUCGCUGA